AUGUCGCCUAAUUGCAUGGCAUUUACAAAUAAAUUAAAUCAUUUGUUUCAACAUGAUAAUUCAUUUGGGAGCUGGUGGAGCAUCAGACUUAAAGUCUUAAUUUUAUCGGAUGCAUACCUACAUACGAGCAUAGAUAUAAGUUUAUGCUUCGGAAGAACCCACAGAAGAAAAAUUGAAGACAAACCGCCUUUCAACUCACAAGAAGAGAUUUUAUAUCACGAGAUGUCGUACAACUGUAAUGAUCUUCAAAUGUCACAUUCGACAGUUCCCUUCAUCUUGCAUCAACUUCAAAAUAAAGAAAAAUUCAAGUCAAGCGAAUUGGAGACAGAGAAAUGGAAACGUUUUGACAAUGCAAUUAGAUCACUUUCAGUUUUAUGUUUAUGUUUUGUUUUUGGUAGCUAA